AUGAACACACUCACAGCUGCGGUUUUCCUUUUGGCGCUGGGGUUUCUUGUCUGCGAAGGGGGUAACCCAUGCUGCUCAGCGCCGUGCCAGAACCGGGGCGUCUGCACUGCGCUCGGAGCAGAAAACUACGAAUGUGACUGCACACGCACGGGCUUUUAUGGACCCAACUGCACCACGCCGGAAUUCUUCACUUGGUUGAAGCUGACCCUGAAGCCAUCACCCAACACCGUCCACUACAUUCUCACCCACUUCAAGGGCUUCUGGAACAUCAUCAACAGCAUCUCAUACAUCAGGAAUAGAAUUAUGAAAUAUGUGCUGACAUCUCGAUCCCACAUGAUUGACAGUCCUCCAACAUAUAAUGCCGAUUACGGUUACAAAAGUUGGGAAUCGUACUCCAACCUGUCCUACUAUACUCGCACCCUCCCUCCUGUGCCAGAGGAUUGCCCAACACCUAUGGGAGUAGUAGGUAAAAAGGAGUUGCCUGACGCUAAACUGUUGGCUGAGAAGCUCCUGGUUCGGAGGCAGUUCAUCCCAGACCCGCAGGGCACCAGCCUGAUGUUUGCAUUCUUCGCACAGCAUUUCACUCACCAGUUCUUCAAAUCUGAUCUGAAGAAAGGACCCGCUUUCACUCUAGCCAAGGGCCACGGGGUGGACCUCAGCCACAUUUAUGGAGACAACUUGGAGAGGCAGCACAAACUGAGACUCUUCAAGGAUGGAAAACUGAAAUACCAGAUCCUGGAUGGAGAGGUGUACCCCCCAACAGUAAAGGACGUGGGGGCUGAAAUGCACUACCCUCCCCACGUCCCAGACUCCCACCGCUUCGCCGUGGGCCACGAAGCCUUCGGUCUGGUCCCCGGUCUGAUGAUGUACGCCACCAUCUGGCUCCGGGAACACAACCGGGUGUGUGAUGUGCUGAAGGAGGUGCACCCUUACUGGGACGAUGAGAGACUCUUCCAGACCACACGCCUCAUUCUGAUCGGAGAAACUAUCAAAAUCGUGAUCGAGGACUACGUGCAACACCUCAGUGGUUAUCACUUCAAGCUGAAGUUUGACCCCGAGCUGCUCUUCAAGGAUCAGUUCCAGUACCAGAACCGCAUCGCCUCAGAGUUCAACACCCUGUACCACUGGCACCCGCUGAUGCCCGACUCAUUCCACAUUGAGGACAAGGAAUACAGCUACAAGCAGUUUGUCUUCAACACGUCUGUAGUGACCGAACACGGCAUCAACAACCUGGUGGAGUCCUUCACCAAGCAGAUCGCCGGACGGGUUGCCGGUGGCCGAAACGUCCCAGGAGCGGUUUUGUACGUUUCCAUCAAGUCGAUUGAACACAGCAGACAAAUGCGCUACCAGUCUCUGAAUGCCUACAGGAAGAGAUUCUCCAUGAAACCCUACAGCUCAUUUGAGGAAAUGACAGGAGACACAGAAAUGGCCUCAAUCCUGGAGGAGCUGUACGGACACAUCGACGCCGUUGAACUGUACCCGGGUCUGCUGGUGGAGAAACCCAGACCCAACGCCAUCUUCGGAGAGACCAUGGUGGAAAUGGGGGCCCCCUUCUCCCUCAAAGGCCUGAUGGGAAACCCCAUCUGCUCCCCGGAGUACUGGAAGAAGAGCACCUUCGGAGGCAGCGUGGGCUUCGAUAUCGUCAACACCGCCUCGCUGCAGAAACUCGUCUGCAAUAACGUCCGCGGCCCCUGUCCUGUGGCGUCUUUUCACGUGCCCGACGUCAAAGAGACGGGCUCCACGAUAAUCAACUCCAGUACAUCCCACCCCAGUGACCUCAACCCCACCGUCAUUUUGAAAAAAAGGACUACUGAGCUCUAAUUUGUAUUCUUUUGGUUAUUUCCAACAACAAAAAAAAUCUAUUUAUUUAUUUAUUUAUUUGUCUAUUUAUUGUGCUAUUUAUAUAAUGAGCAAGACGGAUCUUUUUCUACAAUGUGCCUGUUUUUACUGGAUUAUUUUAAAGUCUAUGGAUGUGUUUAUUUAUUGGAAGUAUUGUAUUUUAUAAGUUAUUGUUACAGUGAAGACCUCAGUCACUACAAUUUGAUACUUGAAAAUUAGUUUACAGUUGAAACUGUAGUUCGAAACAUUACACUCUUAAUGUUUUUGGUUUAUUUGUGUAACUGCCUCGCUCCUGUAUGACUGUAAAUACAAACAGAUUUGCAGACUUUUUGUAAUAGACAGUGAAGCAGUAGCACAGUAGGAUUUGCAGUGAAUGACGGAGUGAUGUUGACUUUCUUUCUACUCGUCUGUAUUCUAUGGUGGCAUUAAUCAGCUGAUGACAUUCCUUUUUGCAUCUAAACUGCACUGUUAAAGAACUGCAUCUUUGUUCUUCUGUAGACAAAUCAACAGUAUGACUGUGGGCUAUUGUCACUGUUAUUAUCUGUUCGACUUGACAUUAAUAAAUCUUAUGAGGAAACAUUUUUAAGAAAUCA